AUGAGCCAAAAAAGGUCUUUCAACAGAAGUGGGAAUGAUCGAAAUGGAUUUAGAGGGUUUAAAAGUGGUAGAAAGGAACUUCGACAGAUCAAAAAGGCCAGAAAACCAUCGAAAAAUGAAGAAAUUGUCGUUGAUCAAAAUUUAGCUGAUGAGUUCUCCUCAGAGUCUGAAAAUGAGGCCCGAGAGGACAUAGAGAGUGGAAACGAUGCUGCAGACAGUGGAGAAGUUUAUAGUGCACUUUUGACACUUUUAAAGCAUGAAAAUCGAGGUCAAGUCGGUAAGAAGAAUGGGGAUGAGACUGGAACUGGCGAAGAUCGAGAUGUGGAAGUCGAACCCACCGGUUCAGGCGAUCAAUUGAUCGAGGAAGGGCUUGUUCCUGAUGACACUUCUGAUUUAGAUGACGGUGAGGAACAGGAAUCAGAGGUAGAGGACAGUGAAGACGAAGAAGAUCCAUUCCAGUCGCAUUUCAAUGCGGUUUCCGAGCGAGAGGCCGACUCUUUGCAAGCCGGCUUUGAUGCAGGUUCUUUGAAGACGUUUUCGACAAAGAAUACUGAGGACAACGGCCAAGAAAGUUUUAUCUUCACCCAACCAUGCGUAGAGCCAAACAAGUGUCACACACCCAGCGGGAAACAAUCAUUGUCUUCGUAUUUCAUCAAGAACAGACUCAAGGUCCAGAACGAUUUGCUGGACUCCAGCAAGGAUCCUCUCACGUCUCUCCAGAGAAAGCUGGUUGACCCGAUAUUUCAGUAUCGCGAUUUACUAUACGAAUACGCCAAUUAUGACAACGAGGACGAAUAUCGGGAUCUGUACACACUGCAUUUACUAAACCAUGUGUACAAGACCCGUGAUAGAAUCUUGAAGGACAAUCAACGAUUGCAGGAUAAUAAUGAACAAGAACUACUUGAUCAGGGUUUUACAAGGCCCAAAGUGUUGUUAGUGUUGCCCACACGCGACGUUUGCCAUAAAGUCGUCACCAAAAUCAUCGAAAAAUCUGGUGUGGCUCAAGUUGACAAGAAGGGCAAAUUCCAAGACCAGUUCAAUGCGCGUGCGGAACCUCCGACCCAUAAACCCAAGUCAUUUCAGCAUAUUUUCAGCGGUAACACUGACGAUUUUUUCGUUUUAGGCAUGAAGUUCACAAGAAAGGCCAUCAAGCUCUACAGCAAUUUUUACCAAUCAGAUGUCAUCGUGUGCUCUCCGUUGGGCAUUCAGCUUAUCCUCGAGAAUACAGACAAGAAAAAGAGACAGGAUGAUUUCUUGUCAUCGGUAGAACUCAUGAUUUAUGACCAGUUUCACUCGAUCGAGUUUCAGAACGUGCAACAUGUUACUUCCAUCUUCGCACAUAUCAAUAAGAUACCGCAACAGCAGCAUGAUGCAGAUUUCAGUAGAAUACGCAUGUGGUACAUUAACGACCAAGCCAAACAAUUCCGUCAAACGCUCAUUUUCACCAAAUAUGCGUCUCCUUUUGCCAACUCCUUAAUCAACGGCAGAUGCCGCAACCACGCUGGCCGGUGGAAAAAUAGGAGAACAAUAGGCGCUGAGGAGUCGGCAGUAAGUCAAGUCGGACUACGUGUUCGCCAAAUUUUCCAACGCUUUGAUUUAGUUAACAAGUCUGUCUCUGAAGAGCCGGACGCACGUUUCAAAUUCUUCACAAGCGUCAUCAUACCCAAUAUGGUCAAAUCCACCGGUUACGAGGACGGCUUUUUGCUGUAUAUUCCAGACUAUACUGACUACGUGAGAGUAAGAAAUUACCUCCAUGAAAGGACAACCCUGCUUUUCGGUGACGUCAACGAAUACUCAAGUCAACGGCGCCUGACGUCCAGAAGGUCGCUCUUCCAGCAAGGCCGUCUCAAGGUCUUAUUGUACACAGAGAGAUUGCACCAUUUCAGGAGAUACGACAUAAAAGGUGUCAAAAAUGUGAUUUUCUACAAACCACCUUCCAAUCCAGAAUUUUAUCAAGAAGUCGUAAGAUUUAUCGGCCGAAGUGCCUUCCACGGUGUUGCGGAUCUGAACAUAUCUGUUGUCAGAUGCCUAUUUUCCAAACUUGACAGCUUAGCUUUGGAAAAGAUUGUAGGAUCCCAGAGGGCUGCCGUGUUGACCCAUGGCCAAAAUGAAGUUUACGAAUUUAAAUAG